GAGCCACUGAGGCGGGCCCUUCGGCAACCAAUGCAGUGCUCUAUUCUGGAGUACAUGGCGGCAUCGAAGCCGGCUCGUGAAGAAUUACAGAUGAUCACGCAGAAGACUCGCAUACCUCUAUCAGAGGAGGGUCAGGGAGCCCCUAAGGCGGAAGCUUCUACAGUAGCAGUAACGGGGGUGACUGCCAGAGCGGAUCGCAUGGCGAGAGUCCUUCUCGAUGGAAUGGAAGGUGUGCCUCCAGACAAGCUUUAUAUACUUGGUAGCGGGGCUGUGGAGACGAUUAUAAACGAUGGAGCGGUACUCGACGCUGUGAUCGAUAACGACAGUGAGGCUGUCUUCAUCGACGAGGACCUGGCAGUACAGGUUGGACUGGGCCUCGACAGGUCGGACCUGUUCGAGAUCGAGACGGCUGAUGGGAGAAAGCAACAGAUCACUGGGGUUUGUCACAAGGCAGCCAUAGAAGUCCAAGGAGUGAGAGUGACCCUACCUGUUUUUGCGGUCAAGAACUGCAGCUCCGACCUGCUCUUGGAUCGAACGUGGCUGGGCCACGUGCAUGCGGUGACGACAGAGCGACCUGAUGGGAGACAAACAUUGUCCAUUAGGAAGCCAGACGGGACACGAGUGAUGAUUGAGACAGUGGAGCCUCGGGACCCGAGGAACAGAGCACCUCUCGCUGUGGGUGCAAGGCCCAGUGAUCAGAUUAAGUCUUUACCCAUCUCCGGCCGCGCGGUGCGAUUUCGCGAGAAGAGAUAUGGUCCACUGCUCACAGAAGAAGAAGGUAGGAUGGUGGAGGUAGAAGAUUUAGGAAGCCGGCUAAUAGUGGACGGCAACCCGUACCCGAAGGGAAAUGAUGAGGAAUUUGGCGGUGUGGUAUCCGUGUCUUUUUUAAGGGCACGGCCCCUUAUGGGGGGCUCCCCAAGCGACACAAGCGAGAAACUCAAAAAGUUAAGCCCGCGGCGGUGGGCCGCGAGCGAUCGGCACUCGAAGGGGUAUCAGAAAAAGAAAUCGCGAAAGAAAUCAAAGAAAGAAAGAAAAACGAGCCGCAACGCCUAACGGUAGAGAGGAUAGCAGGGAUGGACAUCGGAGAUGGAAAUUUGACCCCACAG